UUUAGUUAAAUCAAACAAAUUUAAUAACCUAGUCGAUUUUGUGUAAAAAAAAAUAUUAUGAUCUACAUUAAAUUAUGACAGUGUCGAGUUGGCUCGAAAGAUCUACCAACAUAUCUAAGAAGACCCACAAAAAAAAUUAUUUUCCAACUAACAGUAAAUAAAAAACUUAAGUUAAUGAAUAAAUGAUUUCGAUGAAUGUGUAGCCUAUGGCGGCUUAUGUAUGUAUAUAUGUAGGGCACUUAUUAUGUCAAAAAUGCACACAGGUCUCGAACAAAAGCGACCGCGGUGUACGUGUUCAGAGGCUUGUCCGGAUACCCUCUUUCGACCGACGGUUUUGGAUUACCUAUACCGGAAAAAAUACCAAAUUAAUCGGUUUCUGUAACGGUUUCUUUGUACAAUCGCCAUUGCUCGACAGCAAAUAGUAGAUAUAAGCAGCAAAGAAAGAAAAAAAAAAUUGUAACGCGCGCAGAUAAAAAAAAACGGUAUGCAGCUGUAAUUGCAUUAUCGGCAUUGGGUCUUGUAUGACGUAUAUAAGUCAUCGGCACGAUACGAACCUCGCAGUCGAUAAAAGGAUCCAAAAACAAAAAAACCACCGAGAAACUGAAAAUAUGAAUAUUAACGUUUUUACCGCCAUCGUCGUGUUUGCCGUUUCCGCCAAGGUACGAGCCGAUUUCGACGGUCCCUACGCUCAGCAAUAUGAUUUGUCGUCCCUGUUCGGUUACAGCCCUUACGGCAACUACGAGCAGACCUCUCUCCAACCGAAAAAAAUCACGGCCAACAUCUUGGCGUUUCCCAAAAACAAAGAAACGUCCUCGUCUGCCCUCACACCGACACUGCUCAAAAUCCUCACAAACAUCUUGCAGUCUUCGCCACCGGCACAGUGCUGUCCCGCUCCUUGCUACGUACAGGCCCCGAUUUCCGGGCCAUACGGACCUGCCGUCGUCCAGCCGGGCCCUAUCGGUUUACCGUUGAACUGCCAGCCCGCCCAGCGCGGUACCACAACAGCUGCGCCAGCCCCGGCGGCUUACCAACCUGCCCCGCGCAGUCCGGCGCCGGCUUAUCAACCAGCCCCGAGCGCAUCUCCCACCAGCCCAACCUUGCCUGCCGGAAGUGCGAACAACGGCCUGUACAAUCUGCUCGCGUCCAACCCGCAAUUGUUACAACAGCUUUUGUCUUUAAGAAUUUAGUCAAAGUGCUUUUAAAAUUAUUUACCUACUUAAAUUAAAGUGACCCAUCUUAAGUAUACAUAGGCCUCGUCACCUAAUUAUACAAUAAUAUAAUAACCAUAUCUCCCCGAUGUCGUAGUCACAACAAAAUGCAUGUCAUGUUAAAUAUUGUUAAACGUUUCUUGUCAACAUUUCGCUUGCCCAAUCAUAACACAGUAUGACAAAUAUAUUAUUUUUGUGUAGGCAAGAAAAAAAUAAUCAAAAUUAUAAUAAUAACAAAUGAAAAAUAGUCUUUGAAAAAAUUUAAAUAAAAAACCAAUAGAAAAUAUUUUGUUAAAUCGAGCGCCUUAAAAAUUAUUUACCUACUAAAAACUACAUUAUUUCGUUAUUGUUGUUUGGUGUUUAUACAUAUUAUAGUAGUUAGGUACUACACAGCACUCCGAUUCGACCUUGUCGGUAACGUGCGGAUUGUGUUCUUCUUGCAACGGUAGUCCAAUAAUAAUAUGUAACGCUAUAGAAAUGUUUUCAUAGCUGCUGACAUUAAUCAGUGAAUUAUAAAUAUGUAUAUAUGUGCCAUAGCCCAAGGCGUUGUGUUUGUAAACUCAAUAAGUUUGUUCGAUGGGCUUUGUCACUAAAUAGUUGCCAUGAGUACACUGUACAUAAAGCAAUAA